UCAAGAAAACAGAUUGUUUGAAAGAACUCGAACAGUGAGCAAUCUAACACAGCCAAACAACAUCUUAUCAGCACUAUUAUUUUGGAAUAUUAUGGCCACUGGAGGGAGCCCGUCUCAGAGAAGGAGAACCAGGGCUCGCCGAGGAUGGGUUGAGCCUGCUGUCGUGGACAAUACUGAUGAUGAUGUUGUCAUCGCCGACCAAAGAACAACAGCGUGCAUAGACCUGACUACUGAUACCUCAAUAGAAGAGGUGAUUGACCUGACUCACUCUCAUGGAAUCAUGGACAGUCCUGUUGUGGUUCUUACUCCUGCUGAUGAUAUCGGCCCCGUCCGACAUCGGCGUGGACGAGGACGACUGGGAAGGAGGAGAAGUGGCAACAGUGGAGGACCAAGCAGGGCUGCGGGUUCGAAUGCGAACCGGCGCAGUCGAACCUCCCCAUCUACUAACGUACAUGAAGUGUCUUCUAACAGUGAUAGUGACAGUGACGAGCUGCCGGAAAUGCCUUUCACUGUCCCACCUCAAAACACUGCCAGUAAUAGCCUGCUACAGUCUCCAGAGCCUGUGAAAGUUUCGUGUCCAAUUUGUUUGGACGAUUUGAAACAGAUAAGGCAUACACAUCGUCAAGUGAUUUCCACAAACUGUGGCCACAUAUUCUGUGAUGAGUGCAUUAAAACGGCCAUUGACACCCAACACGCUUGUCCCACCUGUCGGAAAAAACUGACAAAGAAAAGUUUUCAUCCAUUAUUUUUAUAGAUGGGAAGUAUAAAUGUGUUGUCCUGGAGAGGGUUGGGAAUUGGGAAGUUUUACACUAACUUUCUCGCCUAAUAUUUGUGGAUCUUCAUCAAAAUUGUCGCUGUUGGUACUGUCAUUGAUCACUUCUGUAUGCAGUAACAUGAGAGUUGUACUGAUUCCAUACAGGCAUUAUAAAAUCCUUCACAUUUAGCCUAACUUCUGGUUAUUACUCUUGAUGAACAAAUUAGUCCUUAUGCUGAAAACUGGACUUUGGGAAAUCUUCUAUACAGUGAAACUCGGAUAUAAUGAAGUCGUCCAGCCUGACCCUCAACCUUUGUUUUCGUUGGAUCUGAGUGAUCUUUAGAGCUAUGUGAGCAACAAGAUGUGUGACAAUGUAGCGUUGAGCAUACGGCAACGUCUGUUUUCACAGACCUGUACCCAAUUCAUUAUGUUUAUGUAGUUUUAAAUCUCGAGGCUUGUAUUUCAUUGCUCAGUAACUGCAGAGAGAGUUUAUCUCUGCCGACUUUCCACUUUCCACACCAGCAACACUUGCGCUUAUGCACCCCCCACCAACCCUCGCCCCUUUUUUUUCCAACCCCCCCCCAGACACAAGCACUGACAGCCACACAUGUGCUGGCCACCCACCCGACCUCUCUCGACCCAAGCACACACUAAAACGUGUCAUAUUUAAUGCGCUUGUCAACUACGCGCUCGUUGGUGUGAAAGAAGACUUCUGAUUGGUCGUAUAAGAUGUACUGAUAUACACAAUAGGGUAGCCUAAGAUAAGCGGGUAAUGAUCUACUAACAGUGCAUUUGCAAUGGAUGGUCUCUUGGAACAGAGUAGACAAGGUGUGUUGCAGGAGAAAAAUGUGCGAAGCCAUAUCAGUGAGAGCUGUUCACAAUGAAAGCGACUUCAUUGAAUCCGAGUUCGCUAAUUUAUUUGUUUGUUAAAUUCAAGAUAUUUGAUUGAUUUUAAUGAAAUAAGAAA